AUGCUUAAUGAAUUGGAUAGUUUGUUGGAUUUUUGUCUUGUGUGUGGAAUACCUACAAAAAGUAUUUCAUUAGGAGUAAAUGCUUGUAGAGCCUGUAGUUCAUUUUUUAGAAGAAGUGCAAAUGCCAAUGCACAAUAUAAAUGUAGGAGGGGAACAAAAAAUUGUCCUAUUAAAGCAGGUGAGAAAUUAUUUUGUAAAUAUUGUAGAUUUGAAAAAUGUAAAAAUGCUGGUAUGAGUUUAAAAAAUUUAAAAGUAGUUGUACAAAAAUCUGAAGAAAUAGUAACACCAACAAAUAGUCAAAAUAAUAGUCCAGUAAAUUUUAAAAGUGUUAUUAAAAGAACAAUUGAAAUUAAAGGAAAUAAAGUUAUUUAUGAUAUUCAUGAUACAAUUACAAUAAUAAAAGAUAUUUUUAGUAAACCAUUACAUGGUGUUUUACAAAUAAAUGGUGUACAAUUAUCAUGUCUUCAAAAAACUGUCCAAGGUUUAAUUCAUUUACGUUCCAGUUUAGGUAUUGCAAAUAAUGAAAAAAUGACAAUAUCAUAUACAAUAGAAUUUAGAAAAUUUGUUGCAUUUUGGGAAAAAUUAUUAAUUCAUAUUGCUGAACUUUUAAUGUAUAUGCCAGAUUUUGUUAUUCUUAGUUCUAGUGAAAAAUGGGAUUUAUUUAAAUCAUUUUGGCCAAUGUGUCAUGUAUUUUUACGUGUUUAUUUUUCUAUAGAAUAUUGUCAAAAGUUAACCUCAAAAAAUGUAAUACUUACUGAUACUGAAUCAGCUCAUUUUUUAGAAAGUCUACAAGUUGUUGAUGAAGAAUUUACACCACAUAUUCAUUUGUUUUUAUUCCAAUGA